UAUUUGAUCAGUUCGGAAAGUGAAGUUGUUUCUCUUUGGACGCGCGCAUUUUGAAAUUUAUAAAAAUUAAAAUAAAAAAAAAAACAUAUCUAUCUACAAGACAAGAACAUAAAACUUAAACUUGUAUCUUCUUACAAAAAAAAUAAUCGUUAAUAUUUAAAAGAUUUUGAUUUCAUCUCGAAUUUAUGUUGUAAAAGGUUUUUUUUUUUUAAUAUACAAAAAGAUACAGAUACAUUCCACGAAAAUUUUAAGUUAUACAAACGAGUAUUAUCACAAAGUCUUAACGUGAAUCGCCGCCGCACCCCGGUCGGUCGUUGUCAUCAUCAUCAUCAUUAUAUUCAUUCAAUAUAAAAUUCAUUCAUUCACGAGUUUUAUAUUCAUUCAUACAAAAAAAUUCGAUUCGUAUAAAUGUACGUAUAGAUACAGAUAUAGAUAGAUACACGCGAAUAUUUUCUCAUUCAUCAAAGUAUAGUGGUGAAAAUAUAGCAUAAUAACAAGAAACAACAACUAAAAGAUACUUUUACACGGCACACAAGAGAGUACGAGAGUAUCUUUGAAGUACAUGUGGUAUUUUUGAUUGUAAUAUGCAAAAUUUUUAAUUCUAAGAAAUAUGUUUUAUCGUGGUAAAUCAAUAUCAACACCAAUCCAUUGCCAAUAGAUAGAUUGAAGGAAAAAAGAUACGUACAGUGUUUAGACGUUCCCUGUCGUGUUGGUUGUCGGAAAAAAGUCGUUAUUUUUGUGUCUAACUUUUUUGUUUGUCGUUUUUUUGAAUUGAUUAUGCUGCUUUCCUUACCGCGCACCUAUCUACAUUCUUCUAUGUGAAAUGUGAAACGAAGUUAUGUGGUGUUUUAUUCUCUUCAAAUAAUAAUACAGAAAUAAAUAAAUCUAUAAAUUACUACGAAACAUUCCAUGUAUCUCAUAGUCACUGAGAUUAUCAGCAACAACAACAAAAGUUGAGUAAAAAGGUAUAUUAUCUUUAACUAUAUGAAAAGUCGUGAAUAAGACGCUUAUUAUUGGGCUUCAAUCAGAACUGAACUGAAGUCGGCGAUAUUUUCGAGAAGCUAAGCUCAGGCACAGUAGUGUAUAUAGUUUUGAAGCAGCAGCAGCUCAACGUGAACUAUUGAAAGAGAAAGAGCACCACUUUUGGGGGCACCACCAACAACCACCAACAUUACAACAAUAACCAUCAUCAAAAGCAACAACUUACAACAACAAAAACAAUAAUUUACAACAAAAGAAAAAAAAGGAAAGACAGUGAUUUUUGUUUAAUGCUCGAAUUGUAUUUUAUUUAAUGAAUGAAAAUGCAAGAGCAAUUGAUUGGUAUCGUGAAUUGCCAUAGUCAUAGUCAUAGUCAGAGUCGAUUCGAACAACGAUCUCGAUUUUAUGAUCUUUGAGUGACUUUUUUGUUGUUGUUUUGUUUCUUUUUCUAUUUUUUAAACGUAACGUACGUCAAACUCACGAUCACGAUCGUGUAAAAUUUAUUGAUUGAUCGUGUAUUUCGCUUGUUCAGCAGUGUGUUUUCUUUUUCGUUUUUCGCAUUUGAUAUCGCAUACAAUAUCUAAUUAUUGCUGGCUCGGCUCGCGCGUUUUUCAAGGACUACAAGUUGUGUAUUUGUAUAUAGACAUAUAAAGUGCACUAACUGAGAUCUGAGCACUGUGCUCGAAGAACUACAUUAUACAAAUCAGCUUUAGAACUACUAGAAGCAAACUCGUAUUUAAGAAAAGCUUUAUAAAUAAAUAAAUAUACAAAAAUGCUGACAGUAACAUUAUCAUUAAUGGUUUUCUGUCAAAUGAGUGAUCUUGUGAUUGGAACAAGAUUGCCACUUGAAGUCUACGAAAUACCACAAACCUCACCGAUUGCAACACACCAGCUUCAGCAGCAGCACCAACAACAGCAGCAGCAAGUGUUCGAAGGGAAUAGUAAUUAUUUGAAGCAGAAAUCGACGGACAGUGCUGAACAAUUGGAUAUUAGACAACCAAGGCAGAUGAUGGAAAUGUUGCAGAAACAACAUCAAAGGAGUCAGAAUGAGUUGUUGCGGGAGCAACAUAUGCCGACGAAGAUAUUAUAUCAAAUUGGGGAGUCCGAAGAAGAUCUACCCAUCUGUGCCCCAAAUGCAGUCUGUUCAAAAAUCGAUCUAUACGAAACACCAUGGAUAGAACGACAAUGUCGAUGUUCAGAUUUGAAUCGAAUACCAAAUGUAAUUUUACAUCACAAAGAUUCAUAUUCGAGGCACGAAAAAUUCCACAGUUAUUACGAAAGUGAAAAACUUCUGCAGCACAAGCGACUGCUUGACUACAACGAGAGCAGUAGGAAAUUCGAGAGCAUUCACUUUAAGAAAUUAAUGCAGAAACUUGGUGCAGUUUAUUCAGAUGAACUAGAUUUGGAUGAUGUGAUGCUGGACGAUAGCACUGGCGGUGGUGGCGGCGUUAACGGUGGAGCCGAUGGCGAUGUCGAUGGUGAUGAUUCCGAAAGUGCUAUUGGUGCAUUUGAAAUUCAUGACAAUGAAUUCCCAAUGCCAAUAGUGGUACAUCGUGGCAGCAGCAGCGGCAGUGGCAACAUCUAUAAAACAGGAGUUGUAUCUUCAUCAUCAUCAGCGGUGGCAUCGAAUCGUGGUACACAUAUGAGGCAUUCAGGACACUCAAGCCACAAUGGGCAUAGGCCAAAGGAGAUUCCCUUUAUUGGCGGAUGUCCUAGUAGUUUGGGAAUCGAGGAUGGCCAUACAAUUGUCGACAAGACAAGGCACUAUAAAUUAUGCAAUCCUGUACAUAAGCUGCCAGUUUGCAGACACUUCCGGGACUACACAUGGACUCUGACAACUUCAGCGGAAACGAAUGUAACCGAACAAAUUGUUCACUGCAGGUGUCCUCGCAAUUCAGUUACAUACCUGACAAAGCGGGAACCCCAAACAGAUGGCAUCAAUGGAUAUACUUAUCUGUUUGCAUGUUCGCCAUUAACUCGAAUAAGAUGUCAACGAAAAGAACCUUGUAAAUUAUUUACAGUAAGAAAACGUCAAGAAUUUCUAGACGAAGUUAAUAUCAAUGCAUUGUGUCAAUGUCCCAAAGGACAUCGUUGUCCGAGUCAUCAUACGAAUUCUGGGGUUAUACCUGGUGAAACAUAUCUUGAGGAUAACAUUCAAACAUAUUCUGGUUAUUGUAUGGCCAACGAUUGAUUUGACUUACGACCAAGACGACUAUACAAAUAACGUAACUAUUUUUAUAAUAAUUUUAAAAACAAAAACGAAAUGCAAAUGCAUCGCAAAAAAGCUGUUAGAGUUACCAAAAUAUUUAUAUACUAUUUCAAUUUAAAAAAAAAAAAAACAAAAGCAUGAAGUAGGCUUUUAAGGAAAAUCUUUUAUAUAUAGUGUAUCAUGUAAUUAUUAUUUAUACAAAGGAAGUAUAUAAAUAUAUUAUAAAUAAAAGAAAAAAAGUAAAUUGUUUAAUUUUAGUUGUCUUGUCAUAAUCGUAGAUAUUUAUGAAAAAUUAAUAAAUAAUGUAUAUAUUUUAUAUAUUUUUUGUAUAAUUUUCUCGAGUGCCAAAUGUCGGUGCAAAAUAAUAAAAUGUUAAAAAUAUUCCAUUUUAAUAAUAUAAUUUUAUAACACAUAAAAAAAACCAACAGUCUUGUACACAACAAUGCAGCUAAUUAAAUUUAAAUAACAAAACAAAAUAAUGGUAAUCAUUGUAUAAUAUAGAUGUACCUGACAACAAUAAUUGUAUAUUAUUCUAUAUUUUUAUUUUAUUUGUUUUAAGUUAUAAAAAUUAAAAAUUUAAAUUAAGUGUAAAUGAAAUGAUAUUUUUUCUUUAAUUUCUUGCCUAUAAAUAUUUCUGUGGCUCCUCCAAAAAUAAAUUAAUAAAUUGGUAAAAUAUUAAAUAAAAACAGGAAGGACAAAAAUUGAUGAAAACAAAUAAAAAGUGCAAUUGUGAAAAUCGCUAUAUAAAAAUUGGCGUUACGAUAAACUGUUUGCUUUAAUUUUUUAAAUAAAUAAAAAAAAAACUUAAACAAAAAAAACUGAAAACUAAAAAUUGAACAAAAUUUAACAAAAUACAAAAAGUAUACUAUAAAAAAAUAUAUUUUAUAUAUAACCUAAACACGUAUUGUAUAUCAUAAAUAUAUAAAAUACAUAAAUACAAAUUAUAUAAAAAUAAAAUAAAAUGCCUGUAUAGUAGUUUGUAGUAAUAAAAUAAUAUUUUAUGUAUAUCUUCCUAGAACGUAGUAUUUAUUUGUUUGCUAUUAAAAAUGGAAAUAUAAAUUAUAUUUAAAA